AUGGAACGUCUACGUCAAAUACAACAACAAUAUGAACAAGAACUUAUUUCUAAAGGUAUAUUGCCAUAUACAACUGAAGAAGCUGUUAAACAAUAUGCAGAACAACAACGAACACGAAUGAAAACAGAUAAAAUUGUUAUAGAUAAUUCGAAUAAUAAAAAAUGUUUAAUCGAUUAUAUUCCAUCAAAUAAUAUUUCAAAUAAAAAAUUCGGAGAUAAUCUAUUAAAUAAAAAUGAAGAACUCGAAGCAUUUGAAUGUGAUAAUAUUCAUCCACGUUUUCAUGAAAUUUUUACAGAUUAUAAAUUUCAAACAAAAUCAGGAAAAGAUAUAGGAGAAAAAUUUCAAGAUGAUUUAUAUAAAACUCAAGGACAAAUAAAAACAAUCUUUCCUAAAACAAAUCAACAAGAUCUUAUUCGACAAGAAUUAGAAGUUGUUAAAACAAGUGAAGGACUCUAUGCUUAUUCAAAUCGUUUGUCUAAACAAAUAUCAAAAUAA